UGCGGUAACUAGUCCAUUCAAGGCCGCGCUGUGCACUGCAGAGUGCAGUCAUGGCAGUUGUAGGUUGGAUUUAGACAUCGUAAAAUGUCAAGAAAACAUGGAUGGAGAAGGAACAUUUUUUUGCAAGUUAAUUCACAGAACUUGAUCUCUCUUGUCUCUUUAUGUCUUCUGCGCGUUCAUGCAUUUCUUUUGAGGUCGUACUACUCGUAUUUGGAGUGAUAUGAUGUAGCCUGUUUCCCCAAAAUUUCCAACCAUAAAAGUGAGGUUCGUUGCACGCCACACAUAUGCAUCACGCAGGCUUAUAACGCGCAAUGGAAGGACAGUGUUAGCCAAGUUUCCCGUCAUGACUGGCGUUGUUAACAUGGUGUGUCUGACCUGAAUUUUCCAAUAUUUGUAAGAAUUAUCGACCGUAAAUGUUUUGACAAUAAUUAAGUGAUUUUAGUCCCAGACGAAGUCUUUAUCCUUAAAAAAAAAAAUGCUGACCCCAGCGUUUGAACUAGGUCAGGAUGCAGACUUCUUGAAAAUCUUGAUAAAAGCACGCUACGCCAAAGUGACGGAGGUGGAGAUCUUCGUGGACGGAAAUGACUUCAAGUUCUACGCCAAGCCAUACUUUCUGAGGCUUCAACUCCCUGGUAGAGUUCUGGAAGAUGGCAGAGAGAAGGCAAAAUAUGACGUAGACACAGGAUCGUUUGAAGUCAAUCUCCCCAAGGAGACUCCGGGAGAGCUUUUCCAAGGCCUGGACAUGUUGACCCUCCUGCUGGCUCCAAAAGGUCAAAGGUCGGCUGAGCAACCUGGCAUUGAGGUCACAGGAAAGAGUGGUGAGGCAGGAGAGCAGAGCCAGGAUGCUGAGGAUGACCAGGGGGAGAUUGACUGGCAGGUGGAACAGCAGCCCUUCCAGCAAGAGGAAGACUCCCUCUGGGGUGAAACAAGCUAUGGGUUUGCCAACAAGAGGAGUGGUGUUUUCCAGAGGUUGCAAGAAGAACUUUGUGACAUUGUCGAUGUACCAAGCCCAGACACAACACAGCUAAUGGAGAGGAAACAGGCCAGAGAAUCUGCAGAAAAUGACAAGUUUGAUGAGGAACACUAUCUGGCUGAUCUUUAUCAGGAUGAUUCCGUCAUAGAAAGCUUGCUGGCCCAUAAACCUCCUUGGCACCACGAGUGGAGAAAGUUACAGGCAAAGAACAAACAAGCCACCAAGCAGAUGGAACCCGCAUCCAGUGAAGAACCAAUCGUGGAUCUCACCGAAGAUGAGAAGGAGCAGAUGAGACGGUUGCCAUGCCGACAUUAUCUCCUGAAUCCUGAGAUGGAGAAGGGAGUGCUGCUGAGCCUAGUGGAUAUCGUCUUUGCUUACGCUUACAACGUCAGAACAACGCUCAGUGAGAACUCGGUGGAAUCAGCGUGGACCAUAUGCAAACUCAGCCCAACCCUGUCCUGGCUUGACUGGUUCACGUCGCUGGAUGAGGUGGUAACCGUGUGCUGUCGCAGGGUCCUCUGCUAUCCACUCUACAGGCACUGGGAGCUCGCCAACAGAGUCAUCCAGGACGUCCAGAGGAUAUUUCUUUUAGGAAGGCGGCGGCUUUUGAAGUGUUUGCUGGAAGUCCACCGCAUACUGGCUGCAGAUGAACCUCGCUACAUCCUGAAUGAGCUGUAUAUCACAGACUACUGCGUGUGGGUGCAGUCUCUCAGUCAUGACAAGAUCGCAUCAAUUGCUGCAGCUCUGAAAAAGGUGAAAAUUUCAAAGAGCAAGAUCGGCUUCGAACUGAGAGAGCUAGAACAGGCUGCCAAGCUGGCGAUACAGGAAGAAAGUAAAGAAGAACGUGACGAGGAUGCAGUAUCAUCCGUACACCAACAUGGCUACCCACACGUUCUCUAUGAGGGGUUAGACUCUGAAAGCACCACGAACCCAGUCAAACAACCAGACAACAGUGAAGAAAACAGACAAGGUUAUGAAGCAGCCGAAAGCUCUGGGGACUGUUGGGAGCCAGUUACAAACGGACAAGGGGACCAGUGUGAAUGUGCCACAGUGGAAGAAUCUGCGUUUAAUGUUGUUGCAACGAAAAUGUCAGACUUGAAGCUUUCCGGGGAGGCAAGCGAACAGUCCUCAAAGUGUGAUGAGAAAGAGAAAGAAACGGAUACCGUGUCGAAAGCAACAUUGCCGGUUUCGUUAGAGGACUGGGCACGGAAGCCACCUUCUAGGAAAAUUGAGGUGUUUGGUGAGGAGAGUGCAAGUUGCUGUUCAGAAAAACAAACAGAUUUUGUGAAAGGGAGCGCGGAUAAGAUUCAAGUUGAAGACGAUGGUCAGAUUCUUAGUGAUGGAGAACAGCGUGAAAUUGACAGAACUGGAAAUGUUUUCGGCAAGAGAGGAUCCAAGUCCGAAACGCUUCAUCCUUGUGACCCAGAAUCAGUUGCUGAUCUCGGGAAAUGCUGCUCUGAUGCCAAAAGUGAGGAAUGCGAUCCAGAAGUAACUGGUUGUGUUGAGAGAGAAUGGAACGGGCAGUCCCAUGGGAAAGUAGAUACAACAGUAUCUGCUUCAGAUUCCGAGUCUGAUUCCGAGUCGUCGGACGAUUCCGAUUCAGACUCCAGUACAGAAUCGGAAAGUGAACUAGACUCGGAACCAGACUCGUGAUCCAUUUCCCAACUGAGACUUGUCAGUGGCGUAAAAUCCUAAAAUUGCCCGGUCGUGGAAAUUUGGAAUUAUGGGGGGGGGGGGAAUUAUAGCACUCACAGGUUUGCACAAAUUAAUGUGGCUCAGGUUAUGCUUGAUGAAUUUUAUAUCAGAUAUCCGAUCAUCCACCAAAUAUCUGAAUGGUUUUAUUGUCAGUCAAAUGCCACAUUUGUGUGGACAGCCACUUUUUACAUGCGUGAUUUGAGAGCUUCCAUGAGGAAAGCCCUUCUUUGCAGCUUUAAAAUCUGUCAAAGAUCAGCUAGACAGCUACAUCAAAAUGUUUAACUCAAUGUCAGUUGAGAGAGCAGUUGUUCACUUGGAUAAAAAAAAAUUGUUUUGUUGCAAAUACAUAGUUGAGCCCGGUUCAUACGCGAAUU